AUGAAGUACCUAAUUUCGCUGUUUGUAAUUGUGCAAAUUUGUUUGAUUCAUGGUCAAGACGAGCCGACCAUAGUGAAAAUAUCACGAAACCAGGAAAAAAAUCUCGGAGACUCAAUCGAACUGAAAUGCCAAGUAGCCAACACAGACGAUUAUCCAGUUAUGUGGUUAAAGGAUCGCGGAAGCAAACGGUCACCGCAGAUUAUAUCGACAGACACAACGUUGGCUGUUCAAGAAGAUCGUUACAAUUUGAAUGUUGAUAAGGGCAAAACGACUUUUAGUUUAAGAAUCGACGAUCUGCAAAAACGGGAUGCUGGAUUGUACAGAUGUGAAAUUCAACUGUCGGAUUCGAACGUGAUUUCUGCCGAAGUUACUGUGAAGUUAAGCUCCGAUGGUUCAGCUUUUCAGUAA